AUGGAGGUGGAAGGUAAAACCUGGUGCGACAGGAAGCUGCUCAAAUUCGAAGACAUCUGCAGAGGACGCAGUCAUUCCAUCCACCACCACUUGGUGAAUAACGACGUAAUGGCCGCCAUCGAUCAGCUGAAAAAAGGAACCUCCCCCUUCGUCAGAGACGAGUGUAACAGGACUGCCCUUGAUUUAGCCAUCGUAUUAUUUAUGGGAAAAUUUCAUGAGUCCCUAUGUACCUCCCUCAUUGCAGAUUAUAUGCAUUCAAAUGGGUGCGUCUCGAGGAGUUCCUCUUUUACAUACAGUGAUGGGGUAGGAGUUACCUUUAGGGGAAAGGCCCCCUUUGACCGCUCAAAAGAUCCACUCAAUGUGGCAAACGAAAGAAGCGCAACGGAGGAGUCGUCCAACUCGUCACCGUUUGGGAGAAGGAAAGCACGUUCGGCCAUUCCAAACAAGUCCCACUCUUAUCAGCAUGGUUACAAAGUCGGGGCGUACAACAGAAAUACGGCACCCGCACCGAAUGCAUUAACCACCAGGGGAAAAAACAAAUAUGAGCAAGCACUGCUGGAUGGACGACUGCGAAGAAUGAAAGCCCUGCUAUUGUUCAUAAAGACGUUAAGCAUAAACACCCGACUGAGAAAAUAUGCAGAGAAAGUUGCAAAGGAAGAGAUUGCAAAAUUGUCUUUCCCUUUUCUGUACACAAAUACCAUGCACAUGCUUUUUAAGCGUUUUUCGCCUGAACAUGGUCAGGUAAAAAAGUGGAACAUAAAAAAUCCAGCUGACUCAAGAAAAUUAGUUACAAAAAUAUUGUCUAGCAAUUUGUUCGGAAGUGAAGUAAUUAAAUUUAUCGGGAACAUCUUAUCCUGCUUCUCCUCCCUGAUUGGAAUUUUUGGAGAAAAGGUGUACCUACAGGAGUCCACCAUUUCGCAGUACCUUUUACACAUGUCUUUCACUUUCGAUGAUGAAUACUUAUUCAACGUAGUCGUUAACAAGGAGAACACUUUUGCGCAAAAGGAUAUUUUUCAUUGGGAUGGACUAAUAAACUCCAUAUCGCAUGGGAAGCAUUCCUUCCGCCCUUAUUACCAGCCGUUACUGUAUGCCAGACUGAACAAGUUUUUCUUGGAAAAGCUGGAACAGCUCCGGGAUGGUGCGAAGGUGGGGAAAAGGAAUCACCACUUAGCUAAUGGGACGAACCCUGCCCUCAACUUCAGAGGAAAAAACGUGUGUAAGAACCACGCCACUUAUAAAACAAACGAAAGUGUGCCCUGUGGAGGAACCGAUAGGAGUAAACGCUAUUAG